AUGCCCCAUCCUUCUUAUGAACUAUUAUCGCUGAGCGAAUUAAACUCGCCGCGCUCCUCUAUUUACAACAAUCACGAAACCCCAAGUGCUACUCAAGUCCCCACGCAAUCGCAAUUCCAACAAAACCAGAUCAUAGCUGCUUCAUCCAAGAACGGAAAUUCUCGCUAUGCUCCACUGUGUGCUGACGAGAUUGACGAUAUCAUCCACAGCAUCCAAACAGAUAUAGAUGACGAUGCCGCUGACACCACGGGUGACAACGAUUCUCUCUACGGAGACCUUUCUGAUCUAAAAAAAAGUCUUGUCAGACCCAUGACAAGAUCCUCCACUCUAGACCAUGUAAAAUUUAGCGUACAGAAUAGUGUCGUAUCAAUGAAGGACGAAUCCAGACCUCCACCAUCUAAUCAAUCAAGAAAUUGCUUAUCUACAAAUCUCGGCCUUAUUUACAUGUUGGGAGCCGCUCUAAUGUUUUCGCUAUUGAACUUUGCGGUAAAGAGUCUCAGCUCCAGCAACACUGAGCAAAAGAUUCCGCUUUUCGAAAUGGUCUUUAUUCGCUCAUUUUCAAUCUUGAUCUUUUCCGUGUUGCUCAUGCUUUGCCAAGGAAUGAACAAGAUUCACGACUUUCUGGGCCCACAAGGUGUUAGAAGACUACUAGUCCUCCGGGGGCUGACUGGAUUUCUUGGCAUAACUGUAGCUUGGCUAGCAGUGCAGAAACUCAGUUUGUCUGACUCAACUGUACUAGGAUUCUUGGCACCAAUGUUUACUGCCAUAGCAGCAUCGCUCAUCUUGAAAGAGCCGUUUGAAAUCCCAGAUGCAAUUGCUGGUGUUGUGUCCCUAAUCGGUGUUGUAUUCGUCGCCAGACCUACCUUCAUAUUUGGUUCCUUGGCUUCCGUCACUAUAACCACGGACCCGUAUUAUAACUUGACCGAAAUCCUCAAUCUUUCUACGCCAACGAGAAUGCUACUCGCCAUCAGCACUCUUAAUGACUCUUUGCCAACAAACAUGGCAACAAUCACUACCCCAAAUGAAGAAGAUCGUAUAAUCGGUGUGAUACUAUCGCUCAUCGGCUGCCUGUUCGCCACUUCAGCAUACAUCAGCAUCAGAUUCAUGACUACGAAAGCCAAAGUGCAUCCUUUAAACAUACUGAAUUAUUUCUCCUUUGUGUCUGGGACUCUGAGCCUCUUCACAAUUCCUUUUAUGCCAGAGACCUGGGUUCUACCUACAAGCGCCUCGACUUUUGGAUUCCUCUCGCUCAUUGCCAUCUCAGGAUUUGCCGGUCAGCUGUUAAUGACUGAGAGUCUGAAGCGAGAGACUGCGGGGCGCGCAUCUGCUAUGAAUUAUAUAGGAGUCGUCUUUGCUUUCGUCUUUGAUUGGAUUGCUUUUAACACACCGCCCAAUGUUUGGAGUAUCGUUGGAUCAUGCAUUAUUGGAAGCUCUGUCAUUGGUAUUGCCAUCACAAAGUCGAUUAAAUCUAAACGUGCCGCAGCCAAAGUUGCCAAGGAGACAAUAUAA